AUGAGUGCUGUUGUUGUCGCAGACAGCCAGAGUAUCGAGGCUGAAGGGCACUCCGCCUGUCCCCACGGAGCCGCAUCCGACCAUGGCGAGGAGCGAGAAGCCGCACUUGACCUCGACAAGCCCGGCCGCGCUGAGGAAGCGAAGCCCCGUCCUGAACGCAAUGCUGCCUUCAACGAUUACCUGAGAGUCUUCAAGUAUGCCUCCAAGUGGGAUUUUCUGGCCUACGCGGCUGGUGUUGUGGCCUCUAUUGGCGCUGGCAUCACCUUGCCCUUGAUAAAUGUCGUCUUUGGCAAAUUCGUUAGCAACUUUAGCAGCUUCGCCAACUUCACCGGAGGUGGGAGAGGGAUUGACAAGGAAGAUUUCCAGCGCAAGCUGGAUGAACUAGCGCUGUAUCUGUUUGCGUUGUUCAUCGGUCGUCUCGGACUCAACUACAUCAACAAGUUGUGCUUUCGUAUGAUUGGCAUCAGACUAUCCUCGGCUAUCCGUCUGCACUAUUUGCGUGCCCUCUUCGCCCAGAGCAUUCAUGUCCUGGAUUCCAUGCCGCCGGGAUACGCCACAACCACAAUCACCAGCACAAGCAACACGCUACAGUUGGGUAUUUCCGAGAAACUCGGAGUAUUCGUCGAGUUCAUGUCGACAAUCAUUGCGGCCAUUGUCAUUGCCUUUACAUACAGUUGGUCAUUGACAUUGGUGACUUCGUCCGCUAUCCUCUUCAUCUGCUUAACCGUCUCCAUCAUUUUGCCCUUCAUUGUUAAAGGCAAUGGCAGAGUUACAAAGGCAGAAGCAAAAGCUUCAGCUGUGGCGAGCGAGGCCAUGGCGAGUAUACGUAUGAUCAUGGCGUGUGGCGCGGAAUCUCGCAUUGCCAAAAAGUACGCCGCCUUUGUUGAAGAGGCAAAACGACAUGCGCAGUUCAUGUCUCCCCUUAUCGCGCUUCAGUUUGGGUUGAUUUUCUUCGGCGUGUACGCUGGCUUUGGUCUGGCCUUUUGGUACGGGAUAAAGUCCUUUGUGGAUCGUUCCGUUGGCGAUCUUGGCACAAUUGUGACUGUCAUGUUCUCCGUCAUGAUGGUCGCGUUCUCUCUCGAGCGAAUCUCUACGCCUUUGCUUGCAGUGAGCAAGGCUACCGUCGCUGCCUGUCAGUUCUUCACUGUCAUUGAUGCUCCGGCGCCAAGCAAGGGUCACCUUACACAACCCGAGGUUUCUGCUGGCCACGACAUCUUGUUGGAGAAUGUCACGUUCGCCUAUCCGAGCCGUCCCCACGUCAAGGUUCUGGAUGCAUUGGACUUGCGAAUCGAGGCCGGGAAGAUGACAGCUAUCGUAGGUCCCUCCGGUUCCGGCAAGAGCACGAUAGUGGGACUCAUCGAACGCUGGUACAACUUGAAGGAGCAACCCGUCGUGGCCAAGGCUAUCGAAAAGAACAAGAAGGCAAAGAAGGGCUCCGAAUCCUGUGAUGAAGAAAGCGAGCCGGCCGAGGCUGAGCCGGAGGAGACUGGCCCGCCCGUUGAGCUUGGAGGUACCAUCUCGACGGGUGGACACCGGCUAGAAGACAUCGAACUGAACUGGUGGCGAUCGCAAAUCGGGCUCGUUCAACAAGAGCCUUUUCUCUUCAACGGGACCAUCUACACCAACGUUGCUAACGGCUUGGUUGGCUCACCGUGGGAGAAUGAAUCGGAACAGGCGAAGAAACAGCUCGUCGUGGAAGCGUGCAAGGAAGCAUUUGCCGAUGAAUUCAUUGAAAAACUUCCCAUGGGGUACGAUACGCUUGUCGGAGAUGGCGGUGCCAAGUUAUCCGGCGGCCAGCGCCAACGCAUCGCCAUUGCUCGAUCUAUUGUGCGAAAGCCGAAGGUUUUGAUUCUCGACGAAGCCACAAGUGCCAUAGACGUUCGUGGUGAGCGCAUCGUGCAAGCUGCUCUGGAUCGCGUAGCCAAGGAUCGAACCACCGUCACCAUUGCCCAUCGCCUAUCGACCAUCAAGAAGGCAGAUCGAAUUGUUGUCCUCAAAAAAGGCAGGCUGGUCGAGGCGGGCAGUCACGAGAGCUUGAUCACUAUUGAGAAUGGUGUCUAUGCAGGCCUCGUCAAUGCUCAGGCCUUGUCGCUGGGUACCGAAGACGAAGGCGCCGUCACUGGCGCAGACAAGGAGGAAGACGCAGGCGAGAAGACGUCUGAAGGCGAAAAAAACUGCAAAGCCAAGUCUGGGCAGGAAACGGAUGCGGGGAACAAGGUGGGAAAGCAGAGAAAUCUCGUCACCAGUUUUGGCCGGUUCUUUUACGAGUCAAGAGGCCAAUGGUAUCUCAUGUGCCUGACCGUAUUCUUUGCCGCCUGCGCCGGAGCAGCCAUACCCCUCCAGGCCUACCUAUUCGCCAAGGUCGUCGCGAUUUUUAAAUACGAGUAUGAUCCGCCGCGGCUCAAGUCGGAGGGAAAUUUCUGGUCUCUCAUGUGGUUUGUGCUUGCCAUUGGCGUCGGAACAGCUUACUUUGGCUCGUUCUUCUUCUCGGCGCGCCUAGCCUCCGUCAUCCGCAACAAGUAUCAGCAGAUGUAUUUCGAGGCCAUGCUCCGCCAAAGGGCCUCGUUCUUUGACGACGACGAUAACUCGCAAGGAGCCAUGACGUCUCGGGCCGCCGGGGAUCCGAAGCAGCUCGAGGAGCUCAUGGGCGCCAACAUGGCCAGCGUCUACAUUGCCGUCUUCAGCCUUGCUGGAUCCGUCGCCAUCGCCUUUUCCUUUGGAUGGAAACUGGCACUGGUGGGAAGCUGUGUCGUGGUGCCCGUGUUGGUUGGCUCCUCCUACUGGCGGCUCAAGUACGAGCUCCAGUUCGACAAGAUGAACAGCAAGGUUUUCGAGGAGAGCUCAAAGUUUGCCUCGGAAUCAAUCGGCGCCUUCCGGACCGUCACGGCGCUCACCAUGGAGGGCGUCAUCUGCCGUCGGUUCGAACAGCUCUGCAGAGGCCACGCCAAGACGGCGUUUCGGAAGGCUCGCUGGAUCAGCCUGUUGUUCGGGUUUUCCGACAGCGCCACCAUGGCCUGCCAAGCGCUCGUCUUCUACUACGGAGGACGGCUGCUCCUUAGCGGCGAGUACCAGCUCAUGAACUUUUUCGUGUGCUUCAUGUCUCUCAUCCAGGCUGGCGAGUCGACGGGUCAGGGGCUCAGUUUCGGGCUCAACGCCGCGCAGGCUACGGCGGCCUCGAAUCGCAUCCUCAACCUGAGAGACUCGCAGCUUCGUGGCGAGGGUGCGCCUGGGGCGGGCAUCCCAAGUUGCGAGGGCGGCAUGCGGGUUGAGCUGGAGAACAUUCACUUCAAGUACCCGACUCGCGAGACGCCUGUGUUCCAGGGGCUCAGCUUGAUCAUUGAAAAGGGACAGUUCGCAGCCCUUGUUGGAGCGUCUGGCUGUGGAAAGACGACCAUCAUUUCUCUCCUUGAGAGAUUCUACGACGUUGACGAGGGGCGGAUUCUUUGCAACGGCAUAGAUGUCACCAAGAUCAACGUCUACGCCUACCGCCGCCACCUUUCCCUCGUCGCCCAAGAAGCCACCCUCUUUCAAGGAACCUUUCGUGAAAACAUACUUCUUGGCGUCGACGACACAGCCAUUGGCGAGGCGCAGCUCCACCAAACCUGCCGGGACGCCUCCAUCCACGACUUCAUAGUCUCCCUCCCCGAGGGCUACGACACCAACAUUGGCUCCAGAGGCGUCACGCUAUCCGGGGGCCAGAAGCAACGCGUGGCCAUAGCGCGAGCCCUCAUCCGCAACCCGGACAUUCUGCUGCUCGACGAAGCAACCAGCUCCCUGGACUCGGAGAGCGAGCGGCUCGUCCAGGCGGCUUUCGAGCGCGCCGGCCGGGGACGAACCAUGGUCGUCGUGGCGCACCGGCUGGCGACCGUGCAGAACGCCGACGUGAUUUUCGUGCUGGGCGAGGGAGGCAAGUUGCUCGAGCGGGGGAACCACGCGGACCUGCUGAAGAAGAGGGCUGUGUACUGGCAAAUGUGCCAAAGCCAGGCGCUGGAUCAAUGA